UUUGCCACAAUGUUCACUCAGCGCCUUGGAGUUUACAUUUUCUUGGGAUUUCUUACCCUAUCGGUGGCCUACAAAAUAUCACCCAUAAUAGUACAAGAUGGCAUUCCCGAUUUCUUAAAUGUAACCACAGACCCCUUUGUGAAGAUAGGUAAUGGCUAUUACUUUAUCCAAAUAAAUUCCACCAAGAACUGGCAUGCUGCCUACGAAUCCUGCAGGAAAAUGAAUGCAAGCCUAGUAAAUUUCGAGAGCAUCGAGGAGUGGAACCUGAUCAAUAACUAUCUCAAUGAUACUGGUAUCCAUACUAAAUACUGGACCUCGGGAACGGUUUUGGCGGAUACAGUGGAAAGGAAUCAUGUUUGGUUCUCUACUGGACAGGCCAUGUCCCUGGAUAUUUGGUAUCCGGGAGAACCGAACAAUCUGGGAGGCUCUGAGUACUGCGAUGAAAUGGGAAGAUAUGAUGUUCCAGUCCUAUUUUGGGGAUUAAAUGACAGGAAUUGCAAUACCAUUCUUCCCUAUAUUUGCAAGGCCCAACAGCCUGCAACAGUAUCGUUUUUGGUGUGGUAAAAUAAAUCUGAAGUACUUGAAUAAAUCUGAAGUGUAAUAAUAA